CAGAAGUGACUUUGUGCUCGAUCAGACAAGCAAAAAUAGGGCAGCUAUAACGUGGUAUUAAGAGGUUGGUGCUAGUAUUAAGUCUUCCAACUGACAUAAAUUAUGGCGUUAACAAUAAGAACUUCAGCAAGUCUACGCAAGAUGAACUUGAGUCGUGUUUUCAGCACUACUGCACGUGCACCAACGUUCUGGAGUAUCACCAAGAACCAAGCCUCUGUCACAUUCACGUGGCUUUUUAAUAAACUUGGCCGACUUUCAUUGAGAAGGAGACAAUCAAAACCACCCCACGAUUAUGUAGUACCAGUAGGUGAUCCCAUUUUGCGUGGCCAGGCCUUAGCCGUUGAUCACAGGAAUAUCAAAACCAAAGAAACCCAGGAAGUGCUGGACCAGUUGGUCAAGGUGAUGAGAAAAAAGGGAGCCGUUGGACUAAGUGCGCCUCAGAUAGGUGUAGGGCUGCAGAUCAUAGUGGUGGAGAACACCAAGAAGCAGUUGGAACUUGUGCCAGAGGAACUUAGGCAAAUUCGAGAAAUGCAGGAGUUCCCGCUAAAGAUCUUCAUCAACCCCAAACUGAAGGUGACUGACUACUCAACUGUAGUGUUCCCAGAGGGCUGUGAGAGUCUGCCAGGAUACCAGGCCAAUGUGCCCAGGUACUAUGGAGUGAAUGUUACAGGCCUUGACAGAGAAGGGAUGCCUGUAGCAUGGCAGGUGACAGGCUGGCCAGCACGAAUCUUGCAACACGAAGUAGAACAUCUACGUGGAGACCUGUACAUAGACAUCAUGGACUCUAGGACAUUCAUAGAUUGUUUUUGGGAUAGAAAGAAAUGAUUUCUCUUUCAAGCUGAAGCUCAACCAGUCCACAGUACACAAUUUACAGUUGUAAUGCUGC